AUGUCAAGCGUGGUCAUCUUUCUUCGUGACGAAGAGGGAAAUGCCACGAUUCCAGUUGAGGUUCGUGCUGGCAUGGUGACCACCGUUGAGCAGUUGAAGGCGAAUGCCAUGACACGAUUUAACAGGGCUCCCUUUCAGAAGAUGACCAGAGACCAGCUGAAGACCCUCUUCAACUCAUUGGGGCUUCGCUUGACCAACUUCGCCAAAGCACACAAAGAGGAGGUCAUUGACAAGAUUGAGGAAAACUGGGGAAUGCUUACGAGGCGUGCUUCCAGUAAGGCGAUGCCCAAACCUUCGGCGUCCUCCAGUUCUACAGUGCCUGUUUCGUCAAGUGAGGAGAGUGACACCGAGCCUGCUACUUGGGUGACAGUCUUUGGUGGUGAUGACCGCAUCGUCACGGACAUCUUUGAGUUGCCGAUUGAGGGCAACGAAACAAUCCUGAACCUGAAGGAGAAGAUUGCGGUCACAAAGGGCUUUGACAUUGCGAAGCUCCACCUGUGGCAGUUCUCCACCUAUGCCGUGGGCGACACCGUGCCAGAGGACAUCGGCGAGGAGCUCCCCGACAACAACCUCGCCUGCGAGACCAACAUCCACGAGGGCUUACAGAUUCAUCUCAUGAUUGACGAGGGCAAGCCAGAGGACGACAUCCGCGACUUUUGUGAGCUGGACGAGAACGGGGACUACCUCUUCAGCGCCGACUUCUUGAAGAAGUGGGACGACGACGAGGCCGACCCUGUCAUCAUGCUAAAUGUGAAGGUGACUACAAUGAAAGGCAAUUCCCCCAUCACCUUGGCCGUCCCCGACUACACCACCGUGAGGAGCUUCAAAGACCUAGUCAGCGACAAAAUCAAUGUUAAGGCUGGCAAGUUCGUGCUCAACUCGGAACUGUUCUACCUGACAUGCGGAGGUCAAAGCAUGGAGACCAUCAACGCGACCCUCAAGGACUACAUUGACGACGACAGUCAUGAUUUGGAGGUGGUGCUUGUGUUGCGUCUCAAGGGAGGCGGAAAGCGCCGAAAGAAUGAGGACGAAAGCGUCCAGUCUGCGGAGACCGACCCUGAUGAAGUCAAAUUGCUCCUACAAACUUUCGCACAGAAGUGGGGGCGCGCCGACUUUGAGCAGAUGUGCUUGUCCCCGCUGGUGACCCUUGAGACGCUGGACGAGAUGGUGAAAGCCUCCAAGGGGGGCAACACGCUGGACUUCAGGGCUGGGAAAAUCCUAGCGUGUGUCCCACAGGUGAAAGCCAUACAGGACUGGGUUACAAUAGAUGUCCGCGACCGCCUUACCAAAGUGCUCCGCUUCGCGCAGUCCCACUUCGGCGAGGGUUACGCUGAUUGCUUUGAUGAUGCCCGAGCAUUUGAGAGGUUCAUUACAGAGAUGAAGGGACACCGAACAACUACACGCAUCCUCGUGCUCUACGACACCACUGCGGACACAGUGACCGACUUCUACGACUACCAGUGCCUUGGAUAA